UUAACUUUUGAUUCUUCCUUUCAAUACACAAACCUUUCAAUCUCUUCAUCCUCUCCAUCCUCAAAUACUACUACUCUACUCCGCUGCCCUUUGUGGCUAUUACCGCUAUCAAAAAAGCCUUUCGCACAAUACUUUUAAGUCCACUAGAUCUCAUCGCUGCUUACAGCCAUUUGAUCGCCCCUCCGACUUCAAAGCUAGUUCUACGCGAAGGCAUUACUUCGAAUACUCCUUCGAGACAUUCGGUUGCUCUUCGUCGGAGUUAACAGUUUCUCCAUUUUGAUACCCAAUCAUCGUCAUAUUCUAUUACAAUUAGACACAAUGGCAUCAGUUGCAGUAUCAACUCCCCUCAAGUCCCACAAGGGACUUUUCUCCUCCCGUACCGCCGGCGGACGGAUGCCUCUCACACCAUCCCCCCGUCAACGUACCACAUCUGUCAAUAUUCCCGUCAAUGUGAACUCAUCCCCUUUCACACCUGACAGGAAGUCUUCUAGCCGUGAGGCAUCCCGCCCCGCUAGCAAGUCAGUGUAUGGAGGAAACCUAUCAGCACACCUUGCCAAGACGACCUCAAGGUCAUCCCACCGCAAUUCCCCCAAGUCCAACCUAGCUCGUGCGGUUUCUUCUCCCCGCAAGGCUCUUGAGCUCGGCGUGUCUGACUUCACUCUCGUUGGCACAGGCCAAACCAAGACACCUUCCAAGCCUAAGAAGACAGCCGCACCUAUAAGACAAAAGCCCAGCAAGACCACCAUCUCUUAUGCUGCGGACCGAUUCAUUCCCAACCGAAGCACCAGCUCUGCCAUUUCCAACGCCGGAUCCGGAAAGCUUGAUUCCCAGGAGAAGAAGAAGCAACGCUCGAGGGCUAACAGCGGUGAAGCCUCUGCUGUCCUAUCUUCUGCUACCGAUGAUGCUAUCGCCGCUCUUGAGAGCCUUAACAUCGAGGAGGACGAAUCUACCAACUACGCCCGCCCGUCGCCUAACACGGUUGCCUACCAAGAUUCCCUAGCCAAUGCUUGCGGUGUCAACCUGAACACUCGCAUCCUCCAAUUCAAGCCUGCUCCCCCCGAGUCCUCCAAGCCCAUCGAUCUUCGCCAGCAGUAUAACCGACCACUUAAGCCAGCUGGUGCUAGCUCUGCUCAGUCCCGACGGCGCAUUGCGACCGCCCCCGAACGAGUUCUAGACGCUCCGGGUUUGAUUGAUGACUACUACUUGAACCUGCUUGACUGGAGUUCGGGUAACCAAGUUGCCAUCGGCCUCGAGCGCAAUGUCUACGUCUGGUCAGCCGACGAAGGUUCAGUGAGCUGCUUGUUGGAGACCAGCCCUGACACAUACGUUAGCAGCGUUAAGUGGUCUGGUGAUGGUGCUUACGUUGGUGUUGGUCUAGGAACCGGUGAGGUUCAGAUUUGGGACGUUGCCGAAGGUAUGAAGGUUCGCAGCAUGUUCGGCCACGACACCCGCGUUGGUGUUAUGGGCUGGAACAAGCACCUUCUCUCUACCGGUGCCCGAAGUGGACUCGUGUACAACCACGAUGUUCGUAUCGCCGAGCACAAGGUGGCUGAACUCGUGUCCCACACUUCCGAAGUCUGCGGCCUCGAGUGGCGAUCCGACGGUGCCCAGCUUGCGACUGGAGGCAACGAUAACCUCGUCUCUAUCUGGGAUGCUCGAUCGCUAGCUGUCCCCAAGUUCACCAAGACCAACCACAAGGCGGCCGUCAAGGCUCUUGCCUGGUGCCCGUGGAACAUGAACCUCCUUGCUACUGGUGGUGGCUCUUACGACCGCCACAUUCACUUCUGGAACACUACUUCUGGCGCCAGAGUGAACAGCAUCGACACUGGUUCUCAGGUCACCAGCCUCCGAUGGAGCACUACCUACCGCGAGAUUGUCAGCUCGAGCGGAUUCCCUGACAAUUCUCUCAGCAUCUGGAGCUACCCUACUCUCGUCCGAAACGUCGAGAUCCCUGCCCAUGAAAGCCGAGUUCUCCACAGCUGCCUCAGCCCCGAUGGACAAAUGCUUGCUACUGCUGCUGCCGACGAGAGCUUGAAGUUCUGGAAGGUGUUCGAGAAGAAGGCCGGUGCUACCGCGGGUGUUGGUGCCAGCGGCUCUUCCAGCAAGGCCCAGAUGGCCAAGCAGAUGACCAUCCGAUAAAUCAUCACACCGUGUAGAUCUCGUGAAAUGUCAAGAGCAUGCAUCGUCGUCAAAAUGCUCAACGGAACAGUAGGUAAAAAUUUUUCGCUCUGGCAUCUCUGGGUAAACUGCAUUUGGUGUCCCUUUUAGCAUGGCGUUGGGGUAUCCUCAUGAUAAAAAAAUAGAAGAAGGAAAAAAGACCUAGAAGGUUUCUUUUUUUUUCCUUUCUUUUUUUUAAUAAUCCGGAUACGACAUGGUCAUGAAGUUACGAAGCGAUAACGCGUGCUGUACAGGGAAAACCGCAAGGAUGGGAAAAAGACUAUUACACACAAUUGAUUGUAUUAUAAUUACGGUGUUUUUUUACGGAUUCAAUUACAGAUAUUAAUGAUUGGGGAGUUAAGGGAAGGGUUAGUUAGAUAAAGUAGUCGACAUAUCAAAUAUGAUGAUAUGAGAUUGACUGGUAUCUGUUUUUUUCUAUGAUUCUGUAUUGGUACUGCGAAGUGUAAUGAAAUCUUCCAUAAUAUUGCAAUUGAUUGUGUUUGGUGUUUUGAUGUCUCGAAUGAAUAACUGCUAUUGUAAUCCAUAAAUUUAGGUGAUUUAGAUG